AUGAUAAGUUUGAAAUUAUUCUUAAUAAUAUAUCUAUUUGGUGGCGUUACCUUUAUCCCAUUAAUUUUGUACUUAUGGUUCAUAAAUUUACCAAACAAAACAGAUAAAAAUACUAUCAUUGACACGCAUAUAGAAGGAGAUAAACAACCAUUGUUAAAGGAAUCAAGUACUGUUGAUCCACAAUUGAAAGCUGGCGAAUUCGAUGAAAAGACUGAUGUGUCAGUUUUCAAGAAAGGUUGGAUGACUGUUACAAAACAAUUCUAUUAUCAUCCUUCAGCUUUACCAUCAAACCAAGAAAAUUCAGAUACCACCGCCAACAUUUUAACUUUAGAUCAAUUGAAUAGGAAGAAAAAUUCAUAUUAUUGUGUGUUGAAGCAUGGAAAUCUUUUUUUAUACAGCGAUGAGCCAAGUGUUGGAUUAUCCCAUGCCGUUGUUUUAAAAAAUUUUUUUGUUACUAUAUGGCCAAGGGAAGGUAUUUCUGAGGCUUCCUUAUUUACUAAGAAAACUUGCAUUGCUCUCUUCAAAAAUGAUUAUGUAACACCAAAGGGUAAAAUUAAGGUUGUUCCACCUUCUUCCUUCUCUAAUUGUUCCUCCUCUCCUUCAUCUCACCCCUCUGAAAAUGGUUUUCAAGGAAUCCCUAUUGAUAGAUUACCCACAAAAUCAUGUUAUUUCUUAUACUUUGAUAAUAAUUACGUUAAAGAAGAUUGGUAUUUUGCUCUUAUUGAUGCUACUAGAAAUCUCUCCUCUGUUGGUAAUAUAUCCUCGUUUGUUCAGCCUCCAAUAACCGCCCACUUUAAAACCAAAGAUAUGUUGAAAUUAAUUCAGACUAUUAAUUCUACUGAGGGCCAAUUAGCUACCAAAUGGUUAAAUGUAUUUUUGGGAAGAAUGUUUUUAUCUUUACAGCAAAAUGAUAAGCUGGCUAAUUUGAUCAAGGAGAAAUUGUAUACAAAACUGUCUAAAAUUAACAAACCAGAUUUUUUGGAUGAUUUUAAAAUCAAUUCCGUGGAUGCUGGUGAUAUAGCGCCCAUUUUCACCAACCCUAAAUGUACAGAAUUAAAUGUUGAGGGUGAUUGUAAGAUAUCUGUAGAUACUUUGUACACCGGUGGGUUAUCUUUGCAAAUAUCUACAAUUGCCACUCUAAACAUUGUCGGUUUCCGUAAACCUAAAAGAUUUCCAUUAGAGGUUAGUUUAAAAGUUAACAGAUUACAAGGUACCUUAAUGCUAAUUAUGAAGAGACCACCAAGCAACAGAAUAUGGUAUUGCUUCGAAAAUGAACCAGAUCUAGAUGUAAGUAUCGAACCCGUGAUUAGUAGUAAACAAUUAAGCUACAAUAUGGUAACUAACGCUUUAAAGAGUAAAUUAAGAGAUGCUUUGAAUGAAUCAAUUGUUUGGCCAGCAAUGGACGAUACUGUUUAUUACUUCCCCGAUUCUGAACAGUUCUAUAGAGGUGGUAUUUGGGUUGCCAAUACGAAUUGCAAAAGUUCUUCCACCGGUGAAAAUGGAAAAGAUGGUGACACCAAUCAAAAUGAUGGCAGCGGUAAUACUACUUCUGCUCAUCCUAACAAAUCUGAUGAUGAACUAAAUGCUAACGGCCAUCAUGGCAACCAAGAAAACAAAGAAGAUGCUUCUUCUGCAAUUUCCCUAUCAUCAACCUCCACUUCCUCAUCGCAAGAUUUAUUAAACCCCUACACUCCGCAAGAUCCAUUAUCUGAGGGAAAUGAUUUGAACUCACUAGGUUCCAAAAAAAACACUAAUGGCAUCAACGCUAAUAAUGAUGUUGACAAUAAUAACCGAACUUCUGUGGAGGUUGUUCGUAACAAAACAACUGAUAAGGUCGGCAACUUUAAAAACUAUUUAAAAAAAAAAUCGGCAGAUGCCGGCGAACAAUCACAUACUGACAAUUCGGAAGAAAACACUGGAGAAACCAAAAAAUACACAAAGAAAUUUGAAAAAUGGUACAAAAACGUGAAAGAAUCAGCAGCUACUUUAAUGAAUGAAGUUCGUGAAGAUAUUACUAAUAUUGAGGAUGAUAAUCACAAUAGUGAAGCCGGUAAUAAUGACGAUUCAUUAAAGGAAAAUUUAAAAACCAAAAAUGACACAUUAAACGGUUUAGAUGGAAAUUCUCCAAUAAACAAUGGCACAUGUAUAACUUCUUUGGUAUCUGGAAAUAACAUUCCAAAUUCAAAGGAUUCAGAAGAUUUAAGAAAGAGGGAUGAAGAAACACUAACUGCUAUUAAAGAGUCAAAAAAUCACAGUGGUAAAAUCGGUACCAAUGCUGGAAAUGUUAAUAAUAACAGUACGGAGACCGUUAAGAAACUACCUGAGAGUGUAAUCAAUACACAUCUGAUUCCUGAAAUGAUUUCCAGUAGAAGAAAAAGAUCCUCAAUUACUACUACAUCUACCGCCGAUACAAGCAAAGAUGGUUCAAUGAUAACAUCACAUGCUUUCAUCCCCAAUACUACUAAUACACCUGCUCCCAUUACCGGUGCUACCAUUAACAUUUCUGCUGCUUCUUCUUCUUCUUCUUCCUCUUCUCCUUCUUCUUCUUCCUCUUCCUCUCUCCCUUCUUCUCUCCCUUCUUCUCCCAGAAAAGAUUUAAAUGAGCCUGGUAUUAAUAUAUCACCAGUGCCACCAUCAACUGCUUCUACUUCUACUGCCCGUAAAUCGAAACCAGCUUCCAUGUUUGUUAAACAAGAUGAUCCUAUACUACAUCAUUCCUUAAUCACUUCUCCUGCAUCUCCUUCCACUCCAUUCCAAAAGAUGUCUAAUGAAAAAAGUAUAUAUUCUGAUAAAAAAGUUUCUUCAAUAAACUCAUCAACCAAAAUUUUAACUGUUAACGGCAAAGAAAUACAAGCAACCAAAAACGUUUCAAGACCACUACCGCCACCGCCACCGUCCCUACCAAAAAAGACAGGCACAGGUAUCCUUAAUACCGCCAGUAUUAAAAAGGAAUGA